AAGGAGGGCUAUGCCGUCUAUAAGUCGGUGCCAUACGGCUCAGUGGAUGACACGCUGCCCUACCUGAGAGAAGAGAUAUGACGACAACAUGGAGGCCAUGUUGGAAUGUGUGCGAAUGUCUCACAGCAAUGCCUGGAGUAAAGACCCCAUGAUGCAGCUGAAGAUCACAGCCCUGCUCAGCCCGGACCUGUGUGUGAAACUGACAACCAUCAUCACACAGCAACCAUAUGACUUGGAUCUUGUUGUCAAGGCAAUGGACGGAGAGCCAGUUGACUUCCCUGGUUUAGAUGAACGUGAAGCUGCUCAUUUUCUCUGUGGCCUGCAUCGACUCAACAAAAUAGCUGAGGCAAGUGUAAACAAAGUGCGAGUCCUCGUAGAUGCAGAAUACACCUACAUGAACCCCGCUCUCUCGCUUGUUACCAUGGCGAUGAUGAAGAAGUUUAACAAAGAUGGCGUCUGGAUUUGGAACACAUAUCAGUGUUACCUGAAGGAGUCUCGAUCUCUCCUGUUGGGAGCUCUGCAAAUCUCCAAGGAGGAGGGUUUCUGUCUGGGGGUCAAGCUGGUCCGAGGAGCCUACAUGGACAAAGAGAGGAAGCUGGCAGAGAAAGAGAGUCAACUGGACCCCAUCCACAACUGUUGGGAGGACACCAAUGUCAGCUAUAACGGCUCACUUGACGUGAUGCUGAAGGCCAUAUCCCAGAAGCCUGAGCGCUACAGGAUCAUAGUGGCCACUCACAACGAGGAGUCAGUGAGAAAGGCUGCGAAAAGAAUGGAAGAGUUGGGGAUAGACAAAGAUGGAGGCUCAGUGUGUUUUGGCCAGCUGCUGGGAAUGUGUGAUCAUGUCUCCCUCACGCUGGCUAAGGAGGGCUAUGCCGUCUAUAAGUCGGUGCCAUACGGCUCAGUGGAUGACACGCUGCCCUACCUGGUACGUCGGGCUCAGGAGAAUCGCACAGUGCUGCAGGGAAUCCGCAAAGAGAGAGACCUGCUGAGGAAAGAAUUCUACAGGAGGAUGAGUCUGAGGGGAGGGAAAUAAAAGGCAGUCAAACAAGAGUGGAAAGUUUGUUGUGAGUGAGCGUAAACUGCUGCUGGACCAUUCAACCCCUUGUAUGAUGGCUACCAACAGAAUAAGAACAUGUAUGGCAGCCCAGAACAUCUAUAAGGAUAUCUUCAAACAAGAAAUAUUGUUCUGAUAUUACAGUUGAUUAAAUGUACAUGUCAUCCUGAACAAGCUAGAGAGGAUUUCUCAAGAUAGAUAAUUUAUCUCUAGAUCACAGGAGAGCCUGAUUAUGGAGAACUCAAAAACUCAGAAAUUGAGUAAUUCUCUAGAUUACAGGGUUGGGUUCUCAAAAUCACAGAAUCAAAAUUGAGUUGAAGUACCAGAAACUUUUGUCUCCUGAACACACCAGAACAGAAAGAAUAUCGGAGAUUUUAAAGCUUAUAUUGACUGAUGUAUUAAAUCAAGCAGGAAACAUGCAUGGGUUAGGUACAUCUAUAUUUCUGUGCAAGAGAAACUGAAGAGGAAUUUGCUGACAUUGCAUUGUACGAUUGAUUUCCCAUUAGUUGUCAUAAAUUAAGUUUCCUCUGAGCUGCUUUAAGAGAAUCAUGACUGUUGCCUCAUUGGUUUGAUAUCUUUGCACAAAGUAUGCCCAACUGACACAUGCAGCAUAUUCAUAUUCAGCAUUUUGAUCUCUUCAAAGAUCUUCCUCAUACAUUCUUUAACUCUGCCUUCCUCUUACUACCAUAAACACACCUGAAACUUUUUUCCAUGUCUUGUUCUACCUGAAGAGCCAGUGUAAUCAAGGAUCUAUUUACAGCUCAUACAACUUGACUCCAAAGAGCAUUUCCCUGCAUUGUUCAGUGUUCAGAAUGCACUCACUCCUGUUGAUUUCCUUGAAUUAAAAGAAAGUUCUUUCA